ACUGUCAAAACAACAUCUCGAAAACACGUGCGUGAAUCAAAAAAGCGAAAGAAACGGCCGCGAAUUUCCACGACGCCACGGUAAAAUGAUCCCGCAAAAACCGGCGACCGACAAUUGUCGGUUGCACAAUGUGCAGUUUUACAAUUUGCUGCCUCGAGCUAUCGUUUGCACUGCGAUGAACCGGCAGACGAACCGGCUGGCGCUGGCUAGGCAUGACGGAACGAUCGAGAUCUGGAAUAUGGUGCACGCGCGGUUUAUGGAGAAGACGAUCCCGGGCGGUGUUGGGGUUUCUAUCGAAGGGCUGGCCUGGGCCGAGAAUGACCGGCUGUUUUCGGUGAGCCUGGCCGGCACGCUGGUCGAGUGGGAUCUCCGGCCCGGCAGUCAACCACGGGUGAAACAAUCGCUUUUGGUGACCGGCAAUGCGGCCUGGUGUAUCGAUGUGAGCCGUGACGGACGGCGGUUGGCAGUCGGCACCGAGGGAGGUUACAUCAAUCUGUACCGACUGGAGAACGAUGAGUUGUCCUACGAACGGAUCCUUGACAAGCAGGAUGGGCGGGUGCUGUGCUGCCGGUUCGACCCGAGCGGAGACUUUCUGGUGACGGGUUCGGCCGAUGCCGUCCGAGUGUGGGAUGUACGGAAUGGUCACGCAGUACACAAGAUGACGACUGGUCGCACGGACCAUCGUGUUGCGACGUUGGUUUGGGAUGUAUGGGUAACGAAGGACUUCACGAUUAUUUCCGUUGAUUCGCGCGGCCGCUUGAUGUUCUGCGAUGGUCAGCUGGGAACGGUGCUUGAGAGCAUGCCCGUAUCGAAGGGCGACCUUCUGUGCAUUGCAAUGGAGGAGGACGAGCGGACGCUGUACGUAGCUGGUAUCGAAUCAAACAUUAGCACUUUCCGGAGGACCCAAGGCAACCAAGGCGGUCGCCGCAAUCAAUUCAUUCGGACCGCUGUCCGCCGCCCACAUACACACGACAUCAGAACGAUGGUCACGUUCGGUCGCAAUAGCCUCGUGUCCGGUGGCGUCGAUGGGAUGCUGGUAGUUACCUCGUUUCCACCGUUCCAAACGGACAAAUAUCUACCACUGCUACCCUCACCGGCCACCGUGGUAGCAGCCGAUAGCCGGCUAGUGUUGUUGAAGUACGUAAACUAUCUCGAAGUGUGGACCCUCGCUAAGCGGAUAGCCGAUGUCGAUGGGCUCGAUUGUGGUGGUGCGGGCCGGAAGGUUAUGCAGAUUCGCAGCAAGGACGAUGAGCACAUCAUUUGCGCCAGCAUUUCACCGAACGGUCGAUGGUUGCUGUACUCCACGGAAUCCACCAUACGCCUUCUACGAUCUUCAUGUGAGAACGAGAAGUUGAAGCUGAAACGCGUUCGUCUCACCGUGCCCGACCAGCUCACCACCUCCUGCUAUCGUGCCGAAUUUACGCACGACUCGAUGAUCCUGUUUCUAUAUCACGGCAACGGGACAAUCAAUGUCUACGUCGCCUGCUGUACCGCGUCGCCGAGCCGAAUUGAAAACGUGGAAGAGGAAACCAGGUUCGAGCAUCAGCACACCAUCGACGGUUCACGCUGGUUGUCCGACCAGGUGCACCUAUCGGCCGUGUCGCAAUGCAACCAGUAUCUGGUCUGUGCCGAUUUGGCCAGCUCGAUCGUCGUGUUUGAGCGGACGGUUCCACCGACGAACAGGCUGAUCAGUGGUAAAUGGAAACGCUCCAUUUCGUUGCCCCGUUACAUGCAUCCACCAACCGCUAUCGCUAUCCAACCAGGCAAGACACGGCUCGCAGUUGCGUUCGCCGACCACAAGCUGUUUCUGUAUGAUUUUGAAGAAUUUCAGUUCAUCUUUUCCAUCUACCUUUCGCUGAGUGAACCGGAUUGCGGUUCACCGAACCAUCCGAUCAGUGGAAUCGUGUUUGACCCACGCCAUGAAGCGUCGAUGCUGUUGAAGAACAACUGUGACAUCCUGGCGCUGCGCUUCGGUGUCGACGCCCAGCAGCGUGAGGACGUAUCUUUGGAGUGUUCUGCCCCACAAAAAGUAAGAAAAACAAAUGGUAAAGGCAAGGAUGCUGAUGACGAUGGUGGCAUGACGAACGGUAACACAGAACAGCAUGAAGCCACAGCAGAAACCGGACCCAGCCAGCAAACGAAACACACACUAAAACUGGUCCGCAAAAACAAUCAUCUAGUGGACAUCGAUUGGCUCGGGGAGAGUGAGCUGGUAGCGAUCGAAGCAAACGGUCUCUCGAUGGUCGAGCACCUGCCCGGUGCUUUUAGGAAGAAAUUCUACGGUAAAGCGUAACAGUGUCUACGUUCCUGGUUGCUUAUGCAGAAUAAAGUGGAUCGGGGUCAAC